AUGGAAUCACCAGCCUCCGCAAUAAUUUCGCCCAAUUCUGACCCGCUUCCGGACUCGGACACCGUCCAGUAUCCGGUAGUUAACCCACAGCUCUUUCUCUCAGUAUCCGAUGAUGCACCUAGUAUUGGGGGAACUAUCAAAACGCCAUUCGCAUUUUACGUAGAGAAAUUUUCUCUGACGCACGACUUAAUUUCAGAAAAUGAGGAGAAGGAGCCGUUUGAUAAAUAUUGCAUCUAUACAGGUGAGCUCUACGGGCCAGAGCUGACCAGUACAGGAUGUAGCAUUAUCAUCUCCGGGAAAGGGGGUGUUGAAAGCGACCCUGAUGCAUACCAAGGGGGGACAUUGCAGAUAUUCGCGGAGCAUGUGGAGGCUGCUUCCGUAGAAAAACUACACCUUGAUGCUGGAGGAGGCCCAGGAGCCAACCGGCAGCCAGUGACUGGGAAAGAUGUUGGACCCCGCGGCGGAAAUGGGGGGCAAGGGGGAAGGGUCGAUGUUAUCUUUGGUUGCAUUUUCGAGCAGGCCAUUGAGCAAGGUGCCGAGAUCGUUAAAGGACUGAUGGAUCCAAAGAAGAUGUGGCCUACAGAUUUCGAGGAUAAGAUUAAACGAUUCGUCGGCUUCAUCGCCCUGAAAGAAAUCAUGACAGCCAUGACGAUACCAACGUCACUGAGCACGGUAAAGAUCAUGAUGGCCACUCCAAAAGAGUCGAUACAGCCGACUCUCAUACAGUUUCUUAUAGACCUGGCAGCGCAGCGAGAUAGUCUGGCCAACGCCUUUGAACAACACACUAACGUUAAGGGUGGGCCAUACGGUACUGGCAGCAUGGGAGAUAAGCAACGGGGACCGAAUGGAGACACUGGUAAACCCGGGAGCCACAAUGUUUACAUCUUGUCUGACCCGGGGAAAAUAUUGGACAGUGAAGUGUGCUUCGUGCACCCGACACAGUGCCGGAUGUUGUUAGAUAUGGCUAACCUACUCUGGUUCUGUGGAUCCCUCGACGAAAAAGCCCGCUCAGCGAACAUUUAUAGCCGCCUGGCACGGAGGCUGGCUUUCCUGGGAGACGUGAAAGACCAGAAGAUAUCCAAAACACGCCUAGCCGAGGCAUAUCGCAAAGCAGAACCAUCUUUGUUCAUCCUUAGUGGGGCGCCUGGGGAUGAACCCAUUUCAUUCACCCUCUUGCGCGCAAUUAAGGACGAAGCCCAAGGAAACCUAUUGAAUCUCCUGUCAGGGAAGACGAUCUUCGGUGAUGACGGAGAGAAAGUGCCACGCGGUUCGUUCGGGUUCUAUAAAACAGCCGUCGAACCGCUGCUCGAAAACUUGAAAGAGGUUGAAAAAACCUAUCGCAGGUUUUUGGGCGGUGAAAUGAAUGCCGAAGAGAAGAAGCAAGCGAUUAGGAAUAGGUUAGCUCAGUGUGACUUCCGAAAGCGCCUGGUUCAAGAUGAAAUCAAAGAAAAGAAGAACGAUCUCGAUAUGAACUUGCAAAGGCUUCACUUAUCAACGGAAUCCAUUGGUCCGGCAAAGAAAAGUUUGAUGAAUGCCUUUAAGGAGGUUGAGGAACAGGUCAAAACAGGGGUCACCGUCUCUUGGGAGGACCUUAUGUCUGCCCUGUCGCAGGUGAUCUUUGUGCAUGGAUCCGCACCUAUGGUCGCAUUGCAAGGCGCAGACCUCAUCCACAAUGCCAUAGAGAAGCUUGAAUCCGACUCUGGUGUAAAGAUCGACAGAAGCUUGCUGCUACAUGAUGCCAAGGAUAUGAAGGAGUCUAUAGAAGGUUUGGCCGAAGGGUAUACGUUGCUCAAAGAUGGCGGCGUGGAUUUCGAUGAUCCAGCUGCAACAAAGCUCCAAGUAAUUGCGGAGAAAGCGGACGCUUUCUGGAGCCAAUUCGAAGAUAUUCUGGGAAAACCAGUGCUGGACAACCUGAGGAAGAGGUUCCACGACUAUAUCGCAAUUGUGAAGGAGCGAAAUGCUGCUGUCAUUGGAUAUACAGAGGCAGUCCUUUUGCUGAUCAAGUACCAGACGGAGCUCGAUGCCCUUGCUGCUGAACGGGCAGACAUCUCCCGGGAGGAGUAUGACCAACUUGGGGCAGACCAUCCGACCAUGACAGCUUUCAUGAAAAAGCUUUACACUGAUGCUAUCCACACCACGCAAGAAUGGUUGUAUAAAGCGCAGCGUUCCUACCUGUUCGUCAGCCUAGACCGGGCAAAUGUAGUGGGGGAACAGAUGGAAGGAUUCAAAUUCUCAACGUUCAAUGCAACAACGUUGAUUUCGGUUAACUCAACGCUCAUCACCCGGUAUAAUACUUUCCUUGAAAAAGCAGGUACCGAGCCUCAGAAAUUUAAUGGCCUGAGAUACGAUAUCGAUGACAUGUAUGUCGACAUGAUCAAGGAUAGUGGAACGGACGGCAUCACGCAUACCGUUGAAAUACCAGUUUUUGAUAUCCAUAAGCCGAAUCCAUUCGGUUCUAUGGUUGACAUCCGAUUAACCAAGGUUCGCUUCUAUUUAGACGGGGCCGAGACUGGUUCUCAUUUCUUGGAUUUGACGCUGAAGCACCAGGGAAAGGAGACCAUACUCAAUAAGCAGGAUGAACGGUUCGACUUUGUCCAUGACCCACUUAUAACUAAAUUCAGAUAUAAUAUCAAAGACCCAAUGACGAUGGGCCCAGGCACCACAGACGGGGAUGUGGGAUCAGUAGGAGAGGACCGUUAUGCAAUGGUAGGGCCUUUUACUCAAUGGACAUUCCAGGUCACAACCGACAACAACCCGGGGUUAAAUCUUGCCAACGUGAGUAAGGCUUACUUCAUGUUCUGGUUUACCUAUUACGAGACGAUGUAG